AGUGUUAUGAAUGCCUGGCGGCCAGUCAAAGAUGAGCAACAAUGUGCAGUAUCGUGCAGAGCUGUACUCCUCAGUAGGCAGAGUGAGGCUGUGAGAGUAGUUAGGGGUGAAUGUUAGAGGGUCUCCACCUCUUCUGACUGGAUCCCUCGCUGUGAUGAAUAAGAAGGUUCACGCCUUUGCCAAAUACACCUAUGACGCAAUGGGCCAGCGUAUUCGCUUCAAGGAGAUGGGCACCUAUGAGAACAAGACAUUUGGCAUUGAUGCCCUUCUGCUCUUCAGAAAGGGUAUCAUGUACAAGAUUCACCACAGGAACAAAACGUGUAAGAAGGAGAGACUGACAAGGGAGCACUUCCACCCCAUGGAGAUCCCCCGAGAUGCCACUCUGCUGGGCCAGGUAGUCUUGGGGAGUUCCUCUGGUCCUGGACAGGGUCUGCUGGUCAACACCUGGCAUGGAGAACAUAAAACCCGAACUGGUGGUAUGAGGAAGUAUUUGAGUACGUUUACUGAGUUUGGAUGCAUACCUGUCACCUUUACACACCACACCAACAGGACUGGCUGGGUGAUGACCACCUUUUUCAACAUUGUCAUUGGGAUCCAAAACCCAGAAGAGUUCAUCCCUCCAAAGUUCUGCAAGGGCGCUGAACUGGACGAGACUGAGGAGGAAGCAGACUUCUACAGCGUCUUUAAUCAUGUUGAGAACUGAAGGACUGUUCUUUUAUUCUACUUUAACAAGAUUUUCACACAACUACUGCUUCUGUUUCAGCUCUACCCGUCUAGGUCUUCUAAAUGUAUUUUUUUAUGAACGUAUCAUUUUAGAUGUGGACUCAGGAAUAUGCUGUACAAGAGUCAUGAACCAUGAGUAAGAAACAAAUUACAGGAUGGACAAAUGGCAUAACCUCACUGAGUUUAAGAUUAAUAUGAACACAUUCUAACUUUGAAAAACAUUAAUGGCUUUCUUUCAUGUGAGCGUGGGAGCUAUGUAUACUUGCACUGUAUACUUGUAUAUCAAGGCAAAAUGUCCUUUGGAAUAAAUUAAUACACUUAAGUAAUUGUU